CUAAGAUCAUGAUAUCGUAUUAAGAGACUAAUGAUAGACUCAAUUUGUGUAACUAUUGGGAUAAGUACAGCAAUAGCUGAAGUGCUUUGAAUGCCAUUUCUAUGAUAAAUGCUAUGAAAUACUAAUAUGUAUUUCUAAAUGAGGUAAUAAAGUGAUUCAUUUAAUUACAUUUUUGUUUUCUUGUUAAUCUGAUAAUACCGUCGGCAAUUCAGUAGGAUCGCAACAGUCAUUCUUGCAAAGAUUACUUUGCCAAGUUUAAGCUCCCAGCUCUCAGAGUAUCCUAGCAACAAUACUCGUUCAAGCCAAACAAUACACUGCUCUGAAAUGCAGUCUAUCAGUGGAAAUGCUUUUGAAGAAAUGGUAAAACUGAAUGUCUCAAAAUACUGGAGUAUCAGGUUUGUUACUGUGGGGUUGUGGGUGGGUAAGUAGUGAGUUGGAACACUUAUGUUGAAUAAGUAGUCUAUGCAUUUUGGUUGAGGUUUAUACAUUGUUGGUUGUUAUGGGUUUUUGUUGAUGUUGUCAAGGGAACAGAAUGCAAAUUAUUGAAAACAACACCUCAGAACUUGAUUUUAGAAGCAGUACCUAUUUCUGUUGCUAAUCAUUGACACUGAUUCUACUGCAGUUAAUUGUUUUGAUGGGAGAAGGAAAAACUACAUGCAAAUAUUAAUUUCUAGAUAAGACCAGGUCUGUAGAUCAAACAUUACAUUGAAGUGCUAGAUUUUACAAAGAACAAGAAAAACCCUUGAAUGGCUACUAUUGGUAGUAUAUUCUGUUAUUUGUUAAAAGUUUGAAAACGUAUCUGAUCGUGCAGGUAUACGAGUUUGGAUCCCUCCAAACUUUUGUAUUAAAUAACUGAGGGAGACUUUGGACUUCAGAAUGGUGGAUUCCGGGAAUUUCCAUUGCCACAACUGCAGCAUGAGCUUUAGGUCCUUGGGACUAUUAGAGAAGCAUAAGGAUAAAUUUUGUAUAGGCAGUUGUUUUGGAGAUUCUUCCUUGUUAAAAGAAAACCCAAGAAGCCGCCUGCCUAAAAAUCAUGGAAUUCGAGUUAACAGAAUAAAUGAAGCAACAAAAAUAAACACUCCAGAUCGUAUGGAAAAGAAAAACAAGAGCAGAAGCUAUCUACAGCAACAAGAGGAAAAUAAUUAUCUUAGUAUCAAUUCACUCAAUGAAGGGGAAUUUAAUCUUUUGCGGAUACACCAACCUGAGGUCAGCUUGGCUGACAGUCGUGCCUUUAGAAGAUUGACUGAUGAGUUUCACAAACUACGGAUGUCAAUUGAAGAAAGCUUGCCUAUGUAUGGGUCCUGGCAAGAAGAGCAUGAGGCGAGUCCCAGAAUCCAGAGGGACUUGGAACAUCAGGAACGCGUACGAGAAAUAGCAGAAGUGCACGGACGAUAUCUCGCAGAUAUUCAGACUCGUAACAGGGAAUUGGAGGAGCAAAGAGAUGAAAUCCGUCAUCGGCUAGAAGAGCUCUCAUCUAAAGAGAAUUUUGCAAUGCAUGUUGAACAGAUGUUGCUGGAACUCAAGGCACAGGAGGAGAAGAAUCAGCAUGCUUUGGAUUCACUGCGAGAGCAGAUUGAACUCCUUCAGAUGGACACUGUUGUCAAGCAAAGUUCAGUCAAUGUUGCAGAGAACUCUUCAAUGGAGAAAAAGGAACAUAAAGUGACUCUUCCUUUUAUAUCAUUUCCCAGUUUUGACAGCCUAUCUACUGAAAUAGGAGCACUGAAACUAAUCUACAUUCAGAAUGGUGGGAAUGAUCCUGCUAUCCUUGCCCAGAUGAGUGGUCUUCAGGCAGAGGCUCAACAUCUGGAGAAGUCCAUUCGUCAACCAAAAGAGAGAAAGAAAAAACACGAGCCACCUCAUAAAUCACUGGAUGCUGAGCUCCUGGCUGUGGAACUUGAGAACCAGCUCCUGGAAGAUGAAAUACUGAAACUAAAGUUCCAAAGGGAAAGGAGGAAGCCUGUUGAUGAUUUGGAAAAGGAAAUACAGGAGAUGCAGCGUGAGCACGUAAACAAGAUGAGUGACCUGCAAGGAGAAAUUGAGAUGCUAAAAAGUGAAACGCACAAAAUGCGAAGAGGUUUGAGCUCACCUCAGCCACAGCCUGCUCGCUUGCCUCGUCCCCCUCCCCCCCCCCACCCCCCCCCCCCCCCACCUCCACAACUUGGUCUGAACCAACACACUUGGUUGCCUCACGUGGGCAAUGCAAGACCUCAGACACCACUGAUUGCCAAACAUUUACUGGAGCCCCCAGAUGCAUUGGGGCCUGCACCCUAUGAUCCAGUGGCAGGCUUUGUUGUCUUCUAUGAUUUUCUUCUUGGCCUUGAUCCAACAUACCGUCUCAUCCGCCUUGUUACUGGUUUGUACAGUAAUGGACAGGAAAUGGGGAAGCCAUCAGCCUUGCCUCCUGUGUGCUGUGAAAUGGGAAGUGGGCCUUACUACAUGUCUGAAGGGCUCAAGGGCAACCUUGCAAUUUUAUCUGCAAGGCAACCGGUGCCAAGAGUUCGUCCUGCCCUUGGAAUUUCUUUAGUAAUUGAGCUCCAAGCAGCUGGAGGCUUUGAUCCAUAUGGACAGGAAAUUCAGCGGCUGGUCUCCAGAGGCUGGGCAAAGAUAGACAUAUUUGAUCAUCACAACCAAGUUAUCAGUGGCCGAUGGAAAGUUCCAGUGCGAUCUCUGCCAGUAAACCCAUCCCUCACAACUGGCCAGCUCAAUGGGAUUCCUCAGGUUGGCAGCGCUGAACUCCAUGUGAGAGUGUUAAAUGCACGAGAUGCUGAACUGCAGUCAAUGGCUGGUAUUGAUCCACACAAUGCAUCCAUGUAUCAGUAUCCACCUUUGGUGGCAGGCCGCUCUGUUCCUCCAGCUGAAACUCUGCCUCCUCCACAAUACCUCCCUUAUCAUCCUCGUGCUCAUUAUCACCCUCUCUCUUCCCAUACUGGUCAUGUUGACCUUCCUCCUAACGAUGGCCACAGUGACCACCACAAAACCAAUCAAAGACUUGAUGAAGAAAGCAACUUAAUUGCACAAACAUCCAGGGAAGAGGACAACAAAAAUGUACAGGAAGAAGCUCUUGUGUUUAUUGCGGAUCGUGUAAGAGGGGCCCCAAAUGGCGAUGGUAGCUUGAGAUUCGCUGGAUACCAUCAGAGAACAGGAAAAGUGAUUAAUACGAGAAAUUCUGGCUUGGUUUGGAGCAAUACUCCUGUGAAGUCUAAUAUCAAACAAGGAUACUUCAUCUUUGGAGAGCAGGAGAUGUCAUUCUACGAUGUGAUGCCUGAAGAGGAUAUGAUUUUAAUAAUCCGUUUCUAUCACUGGCCAAAUGGAAACAUAACAACUACGCCAUGGGACAUCAACCCGAGCAUGGAAAAGUUAAUAGAAAGUGAGGAGUGGUUAGCAGCAUGGGGAGUGCUAAGAUUAUCAAGACCUGCAGAUUCCCAUACCUUGAGGACUCAGAGUCAUGCUGUGACAUGGAACACUGGGACACACACUGUGGCAUUGUUUCAUGGACCUGUUCCUUCUCCUCAUAAUUUUUCAGUGCUGGUAUGGAAGAAGUACCUCUUUAACAUUUUCUCCAGCAUUGUUUAAAAUCAAAUUUCCUCUCUCAAAAUAUUUGUACUACGUGUUAUAUUAUUGAAAGGGAAGCAACUCAAAUGGGUUCAUAACUUCAAAACUCAAUGAUGGUUUUAUACUUGUGGAUGUCUUCAUUUGUCUCCAAUGCAUUCCCUAAUUAAAUGAAUGAAGGUGAGAAAGAGAACAAUUUUUCCCAAUUUGUUUAAGCUUAUGGGUAUACUUUGAUUAUCUAAUCUCUAAAUAGACAUUUCAAAAAAAACCCUCUUCGUCUUCUUGCGUAUGGCGUGCACAGCCUAAAGUUGUAGGAAAACUUGUUGUAUUUGAUUGUACACGCCAGGUUGAUUGCAUUCAUCGAAACAGGGCGGACCACGUGAAGGUUGCAAUCUUCCACCCCUAAUACCUCAACAUUCCAUGUCUUUCAUGAGAACUGUUUCACUGGGA